AUGGCUUCAAGGAGAUUUAUGAGUCCUUUGUCUAGGGUUUUGCCCGAGGGGUUGUUCUCUUGGUUCUGGGCUUGUGUAGUGUUUGUUUUGAUGUUAGGACUAGUUUUGGUGGGCAUGGAAAAAAUCCAUGGAGUGUCAUCCUUGUCUUUGAAGCUGAGAGCAUCGAGGAAGGAAAAGGGAACAGGGAAAGCUAUGGAAAAAGGUGAUGGUGAUGGUGAUGAUGAACCUCGCGAGUCUAAGGCGAGGAAAAAUCAAACAGUAUAUAUUAUUGAUUUAUGUCAAGAAGUUUAUAUGCGAUUAAAGGAUGUAGACUCUGAUUUGAUGAUUUUGAGGACCAUAGUUCGUGGCAUUCUAGCUACAAAUGGCAAGAAACUUGGAGCUAUCUUUGGAGAUGCAGAGGAGGAUAUUUACAAUUUUUUGCCAAGAGAUUCAUUACCAGUCCUACCUUUAGUGACUCCUGCCGGUGCUACUUCUUUAGUCACUAUUCCACCUACCUCAAUACCUGAACCGUCACCUGUAGUUGUAAGUGAGCCUCGAGACCCAAGAAUGGAGAUUGAGAGUAGUGAGGCAGAGGGUGAGUCUAAUUUUGAUGAGAGUGACGAGGGAGAUCCUGAGUAG